AUGGCACUGAGCAACCUGACAUAUCUUGACCUGCUUGGAGGGAGGGGGCUGGGGAGCCCUCCUGGAGGGCGCUGGGAUGCACGGAGCCGUGUUCCUCAACGGGCUCGGGCCUGUGUCGUGCUUGUCGCUGGCAGCUUGAACUGUGUGGAGUGGAGCCUCCUGCCCCCGGCAACCGAGGAGAUGGUUGCUCAGGCCGCGCAGCUGCAGGGCCGUUUCCAGGGGGAUCCUUCUUUUGAGUAUGAGUACCCUGCAGAGGUAGAUCCAGAACGUGCUGGAAACGUAGCUGAAGAUGAUGAGAAGCCCACAGUGAAGGAGGAGGCCCGUCUCGUAGCUACCAUAGAACAGAUAGACAGAGCAGUUGGUAUCGUCCCCCGGGGGGCAUUUGUGAAGACUCCUUUUGGGUCUGUGUGUGAAAACAGAAACUUUGAAGGUCUUUCUUUCACAGAAGCAAAGAAGUUAAGUUCCUAUUUCCAUUUUGCUGAGCCUGUUAACCUGAAGAAUAAAACCCUGCUGGAAAAGGCUGACUUGAACCCAUCCACUGAUUUUCUAGACUCUCUGGAGCACGAUAUCCCAGAAGGGUCCUGGACUGUCCAGCUAGAGAGGGGAGACAGCGUGGUGGUGCUGCGCAGCCUGCUGUGGCUGGGACUGACGUUCUACCAUGUCCCAAUGACCAAGCAAUAUGGCUACGUCUACUUUGGCACUGGUGAGAAGAACAUAGAUCUGCCUUUCAUGCUGUGA